GGGGUAGGGUGCCUCGGCAGUUCGCUCUCCAGAAGGUUCCGCGCUCUCUGUCGCGACAGAACCGUGGCCGCCGCGAUGAUGGCCCCGCGCCCCGUCCUCGUGCUCAGUCAGAAUAUGAAACGGGAAUCUGGCAGAAAAGUCCAGACUGGGAAUAUCACAGCUGCCAAGACAAUCGCCGACAUUAUCCGGACGUGUUUGGGACCCAGAGCUAUGAUGAAGAUGCUCUUGGACCCCAUGGGGGGGAUUGUGAUGACCAACGACGGCAACGCAAUUCUCCGAGAAAUCCAAGUCCAACACCCAGCUGCCAAAUCCAUGAUCGAGAUCAGCCGCACGCAGGAUGAGGAGGUUGGGGAUGGGACCACAUCUGUCAUCAUCCUGGCUGGAGAGAUGCUUUCUGUUGCUGAACACUUCCUUGAGCAGCAGAUGCACCCAACUGUGAUCAUUGGGGCUUAUCGUAAGGCUCUGGAUGACAUGAUCACCACUUUAAAGAGAAUUGGCACUCCUGUGGAUGUCAACAACAAAGAAAUGAUGCUGAAAAUCAUCAAAAGUGCCAUAAACACCAAAGCCAUCAAUCGUUGGGCUGACCUGGCUUGCAGCAUUGCUCUUGAUGCUGUCAAGACUGUGGAACUGGAAGAAAAUGGCAGGAAGGAAAUUGAUAUCAAAAAAUAUGCCAAAGUGGAAAAAAUCCCAGGAGGAUUCAGUGAAGAUUCCUGUGUCCUGAGGGGGAUCAUGGUGAACAAGGAUGUCACCCACCCCAGGAUGAGGCGCCUGAUCAAGAACCCCCGUAUUGUCCUCCUGGAUUGUUCCCUGGAAUACAAGAAAGGAGAGAGCCAGACUGAUAUUGAAAUAACCCGAGAGGAAGAUUUUGCCCGGAUCCUGCAGAUGGAGGAAGAGUACAUCCAGCAGAUCUGUGAGGAUCUGGUCAGAGUCAAGCCAGAUUUGGUCAUCACAGAAAAAGGAAUUUCUGACUUGGCCCAGCACUACCUGAUGAAAGCCAACAUCAGCGCCAUCCGCAGGGUGAGGAAGACAGACAACAACAGGAUUGCCAGGGCCUGUGGAGCUCGGAUCGUCAGCCGCACUGAUGAGCUGCGGGAGGAGGAUGUGGGCACUGGGGCCAGGCUUUUUGAGGUGAAAAAAAUAGGGGAUGAGUAUUUUGCCUUCAUCACUGAGUGCAAGGACCCCAAAGCCUGCACCAUUGUCCUGCGUGGAGCCAGCAAGAAAUCCUGGCUGUAAGAAGUGGAACGCAACCUGCAGGAUGCCAUGCAGGUUUGCAGGAAUGUCCUGAUGGAUCCCCAGCUGGUACCAGGAGGAGGAGCCACGGAAAUGGCUGUGUCCCAUUCCCUGACAGAGAAAUCCAAAGGGAUGACAGGAGUGGAGCAGUGGCCCUACAGGGCUGCAGCCCAAGCUCUGGAAGUCAUUCCCAGGACUUUGAUCCAGAACUGUGGGGCCAGCACCAUCCGUGUGCUGACUUCCCUCAGGGCAAAACACACCCAGGAAGGCAGCCAGAGCUGGGGAGUCAACGGGGAGACAGGAGCCUUGGUGGAUAUGAAGGAAUUGGGAAUCUGGGAACCUUUGGCAGUCAAGUUGCAAACCUACAAAACAGCUGUGGAGACUGCAGUUCUCCUGCUCCGGAUCGAUGACAUCGUUUCAGGACACAAAAAAAAGGGAGAAGAGCAGAAACAGCACCCAACACCUGAGGCAACCCAGGAGUGAGAAGAGGAAAGGAUGGAACAACCCUGUCCUAAAUCCGUGGGGUGGGAUGAGAGGAAAAAAAAAAAAAGGAAUAAAAAAAAAUAAAAUUACAUCCCAAAGGUGGGAAAAGUGUCCUGAGGGUUCCUCCUGCUCCAAGAGGGGGGAGGUUCUGGGGCUCCAAUGGGAGUUUCUUGGAUUUUUGAUUCCAAAAUAAACCCCAACAUUUCAUA